CCACAAUGGAUGACCGCUACCUCUUCCACAUCCGCGAGCGCUGUAGCUGGCCGCGUAUAACACGCCUUCGGCAUAUAUGCCUUCUUAAUGCGCUCUCCUACUUCCCUUCCUCCUCAAACUCAAACCCAUUGUCAUCCCCAUACACUCUUCCCCUCCGCGUCAGACUCCAGCCCUUUGAACGGACUCUCCUUCUAAACACACUUUCCCAGCUUCAGUCCGAAUCUAGGCCCCAAAGUACCAUAAGCGACAUAUUAGCCGAGCAUGCAGCGGUCGUCCUCUUCUUUCGCUGGUCCUGGGCCGACAAUGUCCUGCGCUUGGCGCUGACUGAAUUGGACCCCGAAUGGGUUACCGAAUGCCACGACGGGGAUUUCAAUGCCGCGCUAGACGUCUUUCGAUCAACGUUGCGGACGAGAGUUAGAGGAAGAAAUGAACUCUAUGAUAGACGUUAUUAUCGCACCGAGCAGCUGAUGCGGGACAAUCUCGAGUUGAGCGAGCGAAAUGGUGUCAAAGUUGACAAGGUUACGGUUAUGCCGCAUGAAGAGGAUUUAGGGAUCUGGAAAGAGCUAGGAAGGUUUGUGCUCUGUGAUGUUGAGGGGGUGAGAGGGUUGCCGGGGUUUAGAAGGGAGGCGCUGGAGUUGUUGAGGUUGGUAGAAGAUCAGAAGGCUUUGAGGGAAUGUGUAGAGCGCAUGAUUGAGGAGACGCCGGAGUUUCCGCCUAGAGGUUUAUUUGAGGGUAUGGGGGACGAUCUCGACGAUAGCGAGAACACCGACCGUGAGGGUGAAGGUGAUGACGAGGUUCCUGUGGAUGCGGAAGCUGAGAAGGCAAAAGAAGAGCAAGAUAAAGAGCGGACCAAAGAUUUGGCCAAGAUCACGACGACCAAAAUCAUGGAAGCCGAGGAACUUUGGGAUGUAUGGUCGCUGUGCCGAAUGUUGGUAGUGUCGAAGCAGAAUGCGCUCCAUAAAGCGGAGAUCGAUCGGCUCAUUACAUCUGAGGAGUUCGCUAAAUGGUGGAAAACAGGGAACCAAGAUGAUGAAAGCGUUCGGGAAAUCAUUGCGAAGCAGCCAUUGAGUGAGGUGUUGUCUCAGCGUCCGAGCGAGAUAACCAGUUUCUUCUUCAAAGAGGACUCCCAAGAGUUUCUCGACCUCGAGUUCCGUCGGAGAGCCCAUGAAAGUCCAAUCAUCGACCCAAUGAACCUGUUCUCGUUCUAUUCCUGGGAGACGCUCGAGGAAAUCGACGCAAAGAGCCUCGUCGACCUAGAGAGUGGGUUGGGCCUCGAUGCCAAGGCAUUAAACGGAACUCUGUGUACUGUUUCAGUGGACAGUGUCAAUCACACUCUAUAUCUCACGGACGAUUUAUUCCUUUCGCAUGUUGGUUCUGGCUAUCGAUACCCCGGCUUGACGAUUGGAAACAGGGUCGUAUUUCAGCAACAGAAAUUAGAAGGGACAGAAGUUGUGAAGCAGUUUCGAUAUUUCCUAGAACUUUGGAACGACUGCGCGUUUACCUACGAUUGUAGUAGCCAGACCUUCUACCUCCUCCAAACCCUUCCGGGCCUGAAGAUGCGGCAGCUAGAGCACCGAUCCGGCGUCUGGGCUGCCUUCGACUUCUUCGAUCUCAAGUACCGACACCGAAAUACCCUCUCUAUACAACAUGAAGCCCUUCGAAAGAUUCUCGGCGAGAACUAUGAUCCAUCUUACAGCGAUUUCCUAGUCUUUAUCGAUUCUCGUGAAAUCGACCUCGCGAACCUAGCGUUCAUUGGAAAAGGCAGUUUCGGGCGAGUGUAUAAAGCGAGCUGGGCGAGGAAGCCGACAAAAAUGUAUGAUCAUACCGAGGAAGGACGGGGAAUGGUCGGAUUGAAAGUGGCCUUAGUGGGUAAGAGUUUUGAUGACCAAGCGAAAUUCUUUGUCGAGUUGGCCACUGUGUACUCAGCUCUUGCCGGAGAUUCCAGUGGUUGCGUCCCAUUCUACGGGUUCUGCAAAGUAUUCGUGGAUGAAACAGGGCGUAUUAUCGAUUUGAAUGCAAUCAAGGUGCUCCCAACUACUACAAAGGAGACCUUCGCCCUCGUGUUCGACUUCGCAGAACAGGGCGACAUACUGGGGUUUUUAGAAAGAAGAUUAAGGCCGGGAGAACUAGAAAAUAACUGGUUGGUCAUUUGCGGGGCGCUGAGUGGACUUGCGAAUGGCUUGAUGACGAUUCAUAAGAAGGGUAUCGUGCACCGAGACAUUCAUCCGAAUAACGUUCUGGUGACAUCUCUCCGCCAAGCAGGCGAAGACGAAAUCGAGUUCGACUGUCUGCUGUCUGACCUAGGCGAAGGGAAAGACAUCACUACCACCGUCAAGAAUAUGGACUCACAACCUCUCGCCAGUUCCUCGAGCAUGGCCACCAGGUCUUAUUCCUACGCCGACUUCAUGACGCCAGAAAUUACCAAUCACACGCAGGGCUCCUCAACAGCCGAUGACAUCUUUUCGUGGGGCCUGCUCGCCGUGAAGAUCAUCAAUAAUGGUAAGAUUUUUCCGCUGCUUUGCGACGAGGAUGGAAAUGCCCAUUACCUCGCAGGCCUCAUGAGAGUACUGGAGCGGUGCUUAGAUCCCAAUCCGGCCGGGCGAUUUGACGCGACAUCUUUAGUAGUGGUGAUGGAUGAGAUCAUGGAUGGCCCGUCGGGGAUAGCUGCUUCGACCUACGGUGAGGAGACUGAAUGGUAUGAUGGGAGCUACGAGCUCCCUCAAGUCAGAAAAAUGUUGGAAACAGACUCGGAGUUGAACCUCAGAUCAGGUUGGUUGUCAUUGUCGAGCCGGAAGAGGAAAGCAAAUUCUGAACUGUGAUGGAACUAAGCAAUCAAGCUCAUGUAGAAAUCUCUAGUCUUGGUUUAUUC